UGAGGCUUGUCUAGGACUGAUGCGUUCUCAAUCCGUGCGCAAAGCUCACGAAUUCUUCACCGAGUUUACGAGACACGCAACCAGUAGUUACUGGCUGUGCAUCUGUACAACAGAGUUUUUUUCAAGGAAAACAACGGAAAUUGUUGUUGUAAUUAAUACUAGAUACUGAACCAACAACGCAGUCAUUAUAUUUAGAUGAAUGAUUCCGUCUUCUCGGCAGCUGGGUUCAGUAUAGACAUGCAAACGGGUAAACGGCUGUAAAAUAUAGACGCCCGAGACUCCAGCAGCCAUGUCUUCAUGCAGCCCCCCAAGUGCCCUGGUCUUCAUUCUCAUCAUUAGUAGGAUCUUGGAGAGCCCAGUCUCCUGUGCUGAAGAGGUCCUUCCUCCUACAAUUCAGAACCUGAUGAAGGGAUACAACAAGUACCUGAGGCCUUUAUUCGGCAAUGGGCCUGUUACGGUCGGCAUGAGUUUGGACAUCGCCAGCAUAGACACUAUAUCAGAGAUCAACAUGGACUACACGGCCACUAUCUUCCUGCGUCAGCGCUGGACAGAUGAGCGCCUGUGCUUUGAAGGCAACAAGAGUCUGAGUUUGGACGGCAGGCUGGUCGAGCUGCUCUGGGUCCCUGACACGUUCAUCGUGGACUCCAAGAAGUCCUUUCUGCAUGACAUCACUGUGGAAAACAGACUAAUCAGGAUCUUCCCCAAUGGGACCGUGCUCUAUGCCCUGAGAAUCACCACCACUGUGGCCUGCAGUAUGGACCUGACCAAGUACCCCAUGGACAAACAAACUUGUACACUUCAGCUGGAGAGCUGGGGUUAUAAUGUGAAGGAUGUGGUGUUUAUGACUCGUGGGAACCAGUCCGUUAGCGGACUUGAUACUCUACAGUUGGCCCAGUACACCCUAGAGGAUUACUACACCUCAGAGUCAGAAGCCGUCUACGAGACUGGUAACUACCCAAAGCUGAUCUUCCAUUUCCAGCUGAGGCGUAGUAUCCUUUACUUCAUUUUGGAGACAUACGUGCCAUCCAGUGCCCUGGUGGUUCUGUCCUGGGUCUCUUUUUGGAUCAGCCAGUCCUCAGUCCCUGCUCGCAUCUGCAUAGGGGUGACCACAGUGCUGACUAUGACCACUCUGAUGAUGGGGGCACGCACCUCUCUGCCCAAUGCUAAUUGCUUCAUCAAAGCCAUCGACGUCUACCUGGGCAUCUGUUUCAGCUUCAUCUUCGGUGCUCUCAUAGAGUAUGCUGUGGCCCAUUUCUGCACCCUGCACCAGCCAAAUGCUGCCAACGCAUACAUGUACGGACAGGAGAUGCAGGACCGCGAGGACGAAAUGAACGGUAUCGUCACGUCUAUCGGCAGCCAGGCCCUGCGGGUGCGAAGGCGGGAGGAGAUGCUGUCCCGUGCCGGCAGCACCGGCAGCUCCGCCCCCAGAAAAGAGGAGAAGCCGUCGUCCCCGCCCCGGAGCACCUGCGGCAGAUCUCUGUUGGUGGCGCGGCGCGUUGCCUGCAUGCUGAACUGCUGCCAUGUGGAGAACCCACACUACAUCGAUAACUAUGCACGCCUCAGCUUUCCCCUCUCCUUCAUCUUCAUCAACCUGCUCUACUGGACCUACUAUCUGUACUUCUAGCACAGCGGCUCAGUGUGUGUGUGUUUGUGUGUGCGCGUGUGUUUUUGUGGUUGAUGGAGACGGGUGUAUAUGCGCAAUCUUCCACGUGUUCCAGCUCUGUUUUGGGUUGGGGGCUGUCUGUGCACUUUCAUCUCACCAUGGGGUUAUGUGGACACUACAUGUGUCUGCAUGUAGUGUGGCUCUCCUGCUCAUGUUACUGUGCAGGGUAUUUGGACUGUUCGUAGCUAAAAUGGUACAAUUUUAUGUCGGAAAUAUGUGGCCUUUGUUUUCCAGUAGAGCUUUACAUACUUCAGUCAAAGUCUCAAUCUCCGAAUUGCAAUAAGAUAUGCAGUUUGUAUAGUUUCUAUAGAAAUAUUUAAGUUCCUUCUUUUACAUGUUUAUUGCCAACUAAUUGGUCAGAAUCAAAAAUUGCUUGGUUGUUCAUCUAUCUCAGUUGAAUUGCCUGCCAGCAGAAAGCAUAUUAAAAUAUUUCAAAUUUAGAUUAACAAAAGUCAAGCAAUCCAACUAAUAUAAUUUAUAAGAUGUAGUUUGAAAAAGUUCCCCUUAAAGUCUAAACAAAUGCAAUGCAAUAAAUGCAAACAUAUAUGUGCAUGUUAGCACAUGCUAAACAGAUUGCAUUAUAUAAAAGAUUUUCAUUGAAAUUUGCGCAGUGAAGCAGCAUAAUCUCAUGUUUUGUGGUUUUAAGAUGCUGCCAAUUUAAAGUGAUUUUGUACUUGCUCUGAGUACUAAUUUAAAAGCUGGAAAAUGUCUUUCUGAAACUAUACUGUUUAAUUAUGCAUGAUAAUGAAUCUAUAACUGCCGUACUGUAUAUUGUUGAUAUGCUUUCACCAGUGUGUCUCAACUCAGUCCUCAUGGCUUACGCGACGGUGCACAGUUCUUUCCCAGUGCCCAGCACACCUGAACCAAACCAUUACGCAUGCUGAACACCUGCUAUAUAUUAGGAGCCAUGUUAGAGAAAAAUGUAGCCCUUCUGUUAGGUCCUGGAGACUGACAAACGCUGAAUUACACCAUUGUUUGGCUCUUUAUAAAACACAGGCCACUUUUUUUCACCUGAAACAUAUUGCAAUAUCUUAUUUAAUGAUAAUUAGACAUUAUAUGGCAGGUAAAUUGAAACAUAUUUAUAGAUAAAAGAUGAACAGUGUUAUGGCAAUUAGCAUUAUUCUGCAUUCAUACUGUAAUAUUGAAUAUGAAAUGGAACAGAAUACAUUUUCUCAAAAUACAAUGUGUGCAUAUCUUAUGAUGGUUCUUAUUUUUGUACAUAUGUAGCUAUACGUACUAUCUCUCCAGCACUGUGUAUAUUCUCUAGAGGGUUGUGCUGGAUUCUUCAUUUUGUUUUCUUAAUUUCAUGAACCUCUGUAUUGAAACCCUUUCGUUACCUGUCACAUUUCUUAUAUAUGGAUAUUACUGUAUUUAAUCUAAGAUGUAAAGAAACAAUGUCUUCCUACUGCACUGAACUUUGAAUUACAAAGGCGUUAUUUAUUAGCAACUAUUUCUUUUAUCUCAUUUAGUAUCACUGCGAUACUAAAUGAUCAUAACGGACUCAAGACAUUUGCAGGCUAAAUAUUUCAGUAAUCACGCAUGAAGGCUAUGUACUGCAAAAAAGAUGUCAGCUACACUCUGUUUUUCAUGCAUGGGACAUUUUGAUGCAUCAAUUCGCACAGCAACUUAUAUGAAAGGGUACAUAUUCUCAACCUACAAUUAACUUGAAUUAUGCAGUUUCAUAAGAAACUGAAUUGUAGAUCAGCAGCUGUAUUUGCAAUGGUAUUGUUUCAUGUCCUUUUGAAUAAUAACCUUAAUCUGAAACAUUGUUUUUUUUUAAAUCAGUGACUUAUUCAGGUGAUAUUAUAUUACGCAGAAUCUUAAUACUUCAAGGCCUCUCUUCGACUUCAGUUUCUACAACAGAUUGAUUAUUUUUUCAUGUUCAUUAAUGAUACAGUCCCCUUCCCGACAGAACUAACUGGUUAAUUCUUAUUUAAACCAGUUAUCAUACUUUCUUUUAUUGUGUGCUUGUCAUAUUUCCACAGUAGCAGUCCUGCUUUUGGCUUAGGACAUGUACAGUACCAAAUCCUAGGACCAAGAGCUAGUGCCUCAUUAUACCUCGCCUGUCGGUAGUUCCCCUUGAACAUAUUUCAUCCGGUUGUAAAGAGAGGUGAUUUUGGAAGUCUUGAAGUAGGAAAAGUUUUAAAUGGUCAAUGGUAUAUGACUGCUUUAUAUCUGCAUACCAUGACUGGCAGCUCAUUUGUUUCAAAUCUAGUGCUGGUUUGUGUAGCCUUGCUUCCUUCACACUGACCUGCCUGGUGUGUCAGACAGCAGUACCUGUAGUUCCAGUGGAUUCCAAAUUUAAAUGUGCAGUGGGUGAAAUCCUCUGAAACUCAUAAGCAUGGCCUGAUAUUAUAGAAAUCACAAUCUGAGUUCUUGCAGAUAUGAUAAGGCAAAGCAAAGUCCAGGUCACAUUAUAAACAAAACCAGAACACUAUGUUAAUCAGCUUUAAAUGAAUGCAAAUGAUAAGUUAUAUCGUCAUACUGAUUAAAUCAUACUGAAUAACAACGAUUCAAAUUUAACCAAAUCAUACUUUUUGCACGUUUAAUAUUUAAUAUUUUGGCUGUUCUCAAUAAGUGUAAUACAUCCUCUGACCCUCUAUGCAUGUAAAGUUGGUG